AUGGUGGCGGUGACGAUUGGGACGGAGACGGACGGCUCCAUCAUGUGCCCGUCCAGCUUCAACUCCGUUGUCGGAAUCAAGCCGACGGUCGGCCUCACAAGCCGCGCCGGCGUGAUCAUCAUAUCUCCAAGGAUGGACACAAUCGGGCCAAUAUGUAGGACAGUUUCAGAUGCAGUGCAUGUGUUGGAGGCAAUGGUAGGCUAUGAUCCACGGGAUGCGGAGGCAACUCGCACGGCAUCUCGGUAUAUCCCGAAAGGCGGUUAUGGGCAAUUCUUGAACAUAGAUGGUCUAAGGGGCAAGAGGGUUGGGAUUCUCAGGAAGGACUUCUUCCGGUUCGCCCCAGGCUCCAUCCAAGAAAAGGUGUUCAGAGACCACUUUAACACUAUGAGGCAACUGGGGGCCAUCUUGGUGGACAAUCUUGAGAUACCAACCAUGAAAGUCAUCAAUGAUGCGGUACAAAGCGGCGAACGUGCUCUUAUGCUCGCCGAGUUCAAGCUGUCCCUCAACUCUUACUUGUCUGAACUGGCUACCUCACCUGUUAGAUCAUUAUCAGACAUAAUUGACUUCAACAACAAGAACCCUGUCGAGGAAAGGAUGGCUGAAUUUGGCCAGAGUUACCUUCUGCAGUCUGAAGCAACAAAUGGCAUUGGUCCUGCUGAGGAGCGUGCCAUUGCCAAACUGAACAAACUGUGUGAGGAAGGCCUUGAGAAGAUAAUGCGAGCCAAUCAACUGGACGCGAUCGUCGCACCCGGCGCGUCUGCUCAUAGCCUGCUUGCCAUCGGCGGCUAUCCAGCAAUAACCGUCCCAGCUGGAUAUGCUUCAAACGGCGUUCCUUUUGCGAUUUGCUUUGGGGGGUUGAAAGGAUCAGAGCCGAUGCUUAUUGAGAUUGCUUAUUCCUUUGAGCAGGCAACGAAACCAUUUCAUUUAAGCUGCUGGCAACAUCUCUUAUCAUGCUGA